AUGGAUGAUGAUUAUUACUUGAGCUGCGAAGAGGACGAGGAAGAAGAGCAAGAGGAGGAGCUUGAGGUGGUUGAGGAUGAUUAUGAUAAAUAUUGUCAUGCUCAACAUGACGAGAAUUCCUCCACAAAACCAGAACUAACUUGCCAGAUCAUCACCAACGAAACACUCGUAGCCGCGCAGAAGGAAGUUUUGGUUAAGGUUAUGGAUUUUUUCACUCUCAAGAAGAGCCAAGCAAGGACUCUUCUCAUUCAUUACCAAUGGAACGUUGAUAAACUCUUAGAUGUCUACGGUGAGAAAGGUAAAGAGAGUCUUUUCAAAACCGCUGGUCUUACUGUCUUUGCUCGUACUUCCUUGCCUGAAUCUCGAUACUCUUUGAGGAAGAAGAUGGCUUGUGAUAUCUGCAUGGACGAUGAUUUACAAUUCUACUCGAUGACGAGAAUGGACUGUGGUCAUUGCUUUUGUAAUAACUGUUGGAAAGAGCAUUUUACUGUGAAGAUCAACGAUGGUAUGAGUAAAAGAAUCACAUGCAUGGCUUAUAAAUGUAACGCGAUUUGCGAUGAAGACGUUGUUAAGAAGCUAAUUAAUCCAGAAGUAGCUGAGAAGUUUGAUCGUUUCUUGGUUGAGUCGUACGUUGAUGAUAACAAAAGGGUCAAGUGGUGUCCAAGCACGCCUCAUUGCGGCAACGCGAUAAGGAGAGAAGAAGAUGGUGGUGGAGAGGUUGAAUGCUCGUGUGGUCAUCAGUUUUGUUUCAGCUGUCUUUGUGAGUCUCACUCUCCUUGCUCUUGCUUGAUGUGGAAGCUGUGGAGCAAGAAGUGUGAAGAGGAGUCCGCGACACUUAACUGGAUAACGGUCCACACUAAGAUGUGUCCUAAAUGUAGCAAACCUGUUCACAGGAGUGAUGGAUGCAACCUCAUGACUUGUAUUUGUGGACAGCAUUUUUGUUGGUUGUGUGGUGGAGCUACUGGUGUAAGACAUACAUGGACUAGUAUAGAUGGUCAUAGUUGUGGUAAAUUCCAAGAAGACAAGGCGAAGGAAUUGGAGAUAGCCAAAAGGGAUUUAGAGAGAUAUACACAUUACUAUCAUCAAUACAGAUCACAUACUGAUUCAUCAAAGCAAGAGGAUAAACUUAGAAAGAGUGUACGUGAGAAGGCGGCGUUAGUGUCAAAAAAAACUCACGUCUCAGUGCAUAAGGAUAUGAAGUGGGUAACAAAUGGAGCCGACUUGUUAUUCAGAUCAAGAAAAAUUAUUUCAUACACAUAUGUUUUUGCCUUCUACAUGUUUGGUAGAGAGCUGUUCAAAGGUGAGAUGAGUGAUGAGGAAAGAGAGAUGAAGAAGAAUCUGUUUGAAAUUCAGCAGCAGCAACUUAUAGGUAAUAUUGAGAGCCUUUCAAAGACUUUGAACGAGCCUUUUGAUGGUUAUAGUUGUGGUGAGUUGAAUAAGAUGAAGCAUGAGGUUAUAGGGUUUGGUUUUGUGGUUGAUAAACUUUGCAAGGAGAUGUAUGAGUGCAUUGAGAAUGAGUUGUUGGGUCCAUUAUUAGCUGGACACAACCAUAAAAUUGCACCUUAUAGAUCGGAAGGGAUAGAGAAAGCAAUUGAGUUUGGUGCUGACAUGGUCUGA